UCGGCGGACAGGAGAGUCGUCGGCCGGGGAUCAUCACGGAUCAGCGGACGUUUCUGAAAUCACCGCCAGAGGUCGUUACGGCAGUGAAUUUCUCAUUGUGGAGGGAAGCGAUCGACCCAGAAGACAUCGGCAUGUUACGAGCUCACCGAGCAAACAUCACGACGCCAAUGGAAGUGACGACGUGACAAAAAUCGAGGUGGUGCUCGAGGAAGCGCCGGAUGCUGUCCUCGUCGGUUCUAUGUCAUCGGAAUUGGAACCCACCACCGAACUCAAUUCCACCUUUCCCGAUGGGAUUGCAGGGGGAACAGGUGCGGUGGUGGUGCGCGCUGAGGAGGCUCUGAUCGUCAUGCUGGUGUUGGUACUGUGGGUGGCCGCCAUAGCCUUGUUCUUCAACCGAUGGGGCAAGAUCCGUAUGCUCGAGCCGUAUCAGCCGAAAUUUCAACAGCACCCCCGACAGCAAAGCUGCAGUCUGGUCGAUCCGAACCAGCUCCAGCACCGCAGCUACUCGAAAUUCAACAUCCACUGCCUGGAGCACCCGGUGCACCAGACGAGCUUCGGCUCGGCCGGGCCGACCGCCCGGUUGCGGCAGAACAGCGUGUUCGUGGGCUCGAGCGCGUCGUUGCUGCCGAUGGGCCGGGAGACGCCGCGGCGCGCUAAGAGCGCCUUCGACCUGCAGUCGUUGGUGUUGGCGGAGGGCGUCGUCGCGCGGCGCGACGACGACGAGGAGGACGAGCGCGACGGCGACACCUUGAGGACGCUCUGCUCCAUCGGCGAGACGUCGCAGCAGCAGCCACGGCCGCUGCAGCAACGCGAUCGUCGGUCGAGCGCCUGUUACUUCGACCGCAUGGACGUGUUGGCGAGGCCGACGACGCAGCGCGAACGCGGCAUGAGCGUCUGCCAGUUCGACCGUACGGACGUGCUGGCUCGGCCGACGUUGCUGCAUCAACGCGAACGCGGCAUGAGCAUCUGCCAAUUCGACCGGAUGGACGUGUUGGCGCGGCCGUUGCUGCAGCGCGACCGCGGCAUGAGCAUUUGUCAUUUCGACCGGAUGGACGUGUUAGCGAGGCCCGUGUCGUUGCAACAGCGCGAACGCGGCAACAGCAUCUGCCACUUCGACCGGAUGGACGUCCUGGCGAGGCCCACGCUGAUGUCGGGGAAGUCGCUGCUGCGCGAGCGGCGCGUCAGCGUGUGCAACUUCCUCGAGCGGAGCCACGACGAGACGAGCAGGGGCCUGCUGCAGCGGGACAGACGGCUCAGCGUCAGCAACGUCGACAAGAUCGAGACCUUGGGCAAGUCCUCGUCCAGGGAUUUCCGCAGCAGCGUCAGCAACGUCCUGGUGGAGCGGCAGGACGGCCAGCCGAAGUCCGCCCGCGACAGGAACAACGGCUCCUCCACGUACCACUUCGAUCGUCCGUCCUGCAGCAAAACACCUGACGUCGUGCUCGGGUACAAAGCGACCUGCGUCUAAUCGCACGUUAUGGUAACCCCGAUAACCGUGACGUUUUCACCGGCCGGUUUCAGAGAGAAUCCGCGCUUGAGAAAUCACACCGCGUGGUUAACCGCUUUGUUUCUCGACGGGAUCCCUUAUCGCCGGUAUUAUCGCCUCCUUAGUAUAUCCUUUUCGGAACGCACCGUCUCGCCCCCAUGGCGCCCUUAUCGCGCCAGCCAAAGCGGUGUGUGAUAACUAUCCUAGGAGAUAGCCCCCCGAAACGGCUUCUGGUUUCCCUCAUUUCCUGCCGCAGAACGCGAUAAACGCCGUUUGGUGCUCGCGACCUUCCUUAAGCGAUACCGCGCGCACGAAAUUAACAUUUUCACCGCG